UUCUUCCUUCACUUCUUGACUUCAUAAUAUUUUGUUCGCCUGGUUCGUCUACGUAAUAUUCACAUAACAAUUUUUUUACAAAAAUCAAUGUUCUGAGUCAAGUAUUUACACUAAUUAUGCCGACUGGCCGUGCCGUGUUUCUUUUGCGGCGUUUGUCGACUGGUGAUAACAGAUUUAAGAAUAUUAAUUUGAAUCAAAGCCCAAAUAAAGAGCAGCUUGUUGGUCACCCGGUGUGCGUUCAUCGCGAUUUAAGCUUGCCAAAAAGAUUUUCAACAUUUACCCACAACAGUAUCUCCACUCCACAACUGACUAGAAGUAUCAGUGACAAUAUGAUAAAGAUGACUACCCCCAGUGCAGAAUCCAGUUCAGCUGACACACCCAAGCACACAAAUAGUUUGGUAUCUGAAAAAUCACCAUAUUUAUUACAACAUGCUCACAACCCCGUGCAAUGGUACCCUUGGUGCCAGGAAGCCAUAGAUAAAGCUAAAGCAGAAAAUAAGCUCAUAUUCCUUUCAGUUGGCUAUUCUACAUGCCAUUGGUGCCAUGUUAUGGAGAAAGAGUCCUUUGAAAAUGAAGAUAUUGCGAAAGUAAUGAAUGAGCACUUUGUUAACAUUAAAGUGGAUCGGGAGGAACGUCCAGAUAUUGACAGGGUGUACAUGUUAUUUGUUAUGGCAACAACAGGAGGCGGUGGCUGGCCCAUGUCUGUGUUCCUUACCCCUGAUUUAAAACCUGUCACUGGAGGCACUUACUUCCCACCAGAAGAUAAAUAUGGUCGUCCAGGUUUUAAAACAGUUUUGUUGUCUCUUGCCAAGAAGUGGAAGGAAAACCGUGAACAAUUUAUGGAUGCCAGCAUCAGUAUAAUAGACGCAUUGAAGAAGAUUGCUAUUAUUGAUCCCGAUACUUCUGCUUCCAUUCCUGGUGAAGCAGCUUGGGAUAAAUGUGUCAAACGAUUCAUAACAAACUAUGAGCCAGAUUUUGGUGGAUUUGGUACAGCUCCAAAAUUCCCACAAGCGUCUAUAUUCAAUUUUCUAUUUCAUUACUAUGCCCGCGAUAAGUCACACCCAGAAGGGCAAAAAUGUUUGGAAAUGUGUUUGUACACAUUAACGAAAAUUGCAAAGGGCGGAAUUCAUGAUCAUGUGUCGAGUGGUUUCGCGCGCUACUCUGUAGAUAACGAUUGGCAUGUACCGCAUUUUGAAAAAAUGUUGUAUGAUCAGGCCCAACUAGUUGUUGCCUACUCUGAUGCAUAUCUUGCUACAAAAGAGGAAUUUUAUGCAGAUGUAGUCCGAGACAUUAUCAAGUACGUGAACAGAGAUCUGAGACAUGCUUCUGGUGGAUAUUACAGUGCCGAAGAUGCUGAUUCAUACCCUACUUUUGGAGCGCCACACAAAAAAGAAGGAGCAUUUUGUGUGUGGGAGUAUAACGAAUUAAAAAAUCUGUUAGACAAUAAGAAGAUAAAUGAUAUUCCCUAUUUGGAUGUUUUCUGUGAUUACUUUAGCGUCGAAGACGAUGGUAACAUUUCACACGGGAGCGAUCCUCACGGUGAACUAGAGAAUAAGAAUGUAUUGAUUAUUUAUGGCAGUAAGGAGGAAACUGCGGAGAAAUUCGGACUAACUUUGGAGCAAUUUAACUACGUGAUUUCAGAAUGUAUUGAGGUGUUGUACCAAGCUCGCCAGAAGAGACCACGGCCGCACUUGGACACCAAAAUCCUGUGUUCUUGGAAUGGCCUCAUUAUCGCUGGCUUGGCGCAAGCGGGACAAGGAUUGGGAGAAAAGGACUAUGUUGAUGAUGCAAUAAAAACAGCUAAUUUCAUCAAGAAACACUUGUAUGAUGAGAGAACAAAGACUCUCUUGCAUUCAUGCUACAGAGAUGAAAAUGGAUCGAUUUCUCAAACUGAGCAGCCAAUCAAAGGCUUCCUGGACGACUACGCGUUCCUCAUCAAAGGUCUGCUGGACUUAUACGAGGCUUCUCUAGACUUUCGCUGGCUGGACUGGGCACGGGAAUUGCAGACUACGCAGAACAGCCUGUUCUGGGACAUGGAGAGUGGUGGAUACUUCACAUGUUCAAAUGAAGACAACACGGUGCUGCUGCGUCUCAAAGAAGACCAAGAUGGCGCGGAGCCGUCAGGCAACAGCGUGUCAUGCCACAACCUCCUCCGCUUAGCCGCGUACGCCGACAAAAGCGCCUUGGCCGAGGGCGGCGAUCUCGAACGGGACUUAGCCAAGAAGAUACUGCUUGCCUUCUCUAAGAGAUUGGUUGAUAUGCCUACUGCUUUGCCAGAGAUGAUGUCCGCGCUUAUGUUUUAUAGGGAUUCGCCCACUCAGGUGCUGAUAACGGGCGGCUACUCGGACCCGCGCACGCUGGAGCUGGUGCGCGUGGUGCGGUCGCGGCUGCUGCCCGGCCGCGUGCUGGCGGUCGCCGACCCCGCCGACGUGCCCGCCGGUAUGUCCGACAAGCCAAACACUGAUGCUAGAACUGUGCUGAACCGCAUCCGAGCCGCGGAUGUGCCAACGGCGUACGUGUGCCGGCGGUAUGCGUGUUCGCUUCCCGUCACAGACUCCAAGCAGCUGGAGAAUCUGCUGGACGAAGCGCCCGCUGCCACCGUCAGUACCAAAUAGCUAACCAGUACACAGGAUACAGUCAGCUGCAAAAAAAAACGAAUAAAUCAUUCGUGUUGUUGUCACUAUUGAAAAAAUGUUUACAGUUCAGUUUUUUAUGGCGUAACUUAGCCGAAAUUAGCGUUGUUUAAAUAUAAAUUAUUCGCUUGUAGUCAUUAGUCCUAAUUGAGUUUGAUUUAAAUUGACGGCUGUAACGGUAAAUUAACUUUGAAUAAACCGUGUAAUAAUGAUGUUAGCGGAAAUCGGCUUUAAUAGUGCCAUAAGAUAAUGUAACUUAUGCACUUGUCAUAGAAGUACCAUAUAUAUAUUAUCUAAUAUACUUAUUACCAUAUAUAUAUAUAAAAUCUAAUAUAACAAAUUCCACUCCAGGAAAGGAACCCCAUAGACAGCGUUGCUACAAAGACUCGCUGACAACAACGUAGUCGAUGUAUUAAUAGUUCCACAUACUUCCUAUAAGUUUAUCUCAUGGAGAUAAUUUAUUAUUUUCGAAUAUUUUGUAGACUUGAUAAACUCGAAAUAAUGUUUAGUAUUAGUGCUUUUUAAAUCUCAUUUGUAUUUUUUCUAUAUAUAUUACUCAAUGUAUUUGUGGAUGUAUAAAUGUAAAAGCUGUCAAGAUAAAAAAAAUCUUUAAAAAUAGAUCGUUGACUAUUAAAAUUAGUAGUAGCCACUGUUAUUGACUAAAAGUAAAACUUAUCAAAUUUAGAAUUGUUAUUAAUUUAAAAAAAACAUAUUCUAAAUUAUCUAAUGUCGUCUGUUUGGUGACUGUUAGCUUUCAAAUAUUUGUGUUGUAUAUGUGCUAGAUCUGCAUUCUUUGUAGCUCAAGUGUGCUAUUCACACCUAGAGCGUUACCGCAAAAUUGAGAUGUGUGUGGCCAAACCAGGAAUGAUUGUAUUCGCGUAUAUAUUAUUCGUCCUAGCGCGAAUGAUAUACACGAAGUGUCUGUCGCGUAUUAUUCUGCACAUAAAAUUAUUUUGAAAUGAAAGAGUUAGUAAAACUUCGACGAAACUUUGCACAAAGGUUGUCGCGACAAUUUGGCCACAGCAUUACAAAAAAUAACCGAACCUAGUAGAAUAACAAAACAACUUGGUUCUUUACAUCCCUCUUACACGUGCUUUAAAAACGCUUUAAUAUAAAUACAUGAUACGCCUUGUUUUUCUCUGUCGCUUAGAGUGACAAAAACAUUUAAUUUACCAAAAUUAGGUAUUAUUUCUACAUUUUUUUGGAAACUGUAGUCAAUAUGAACUAAAUUUGCCGGCAUGCAGACAAGAAAACAUGUAUCAUGGAGAGAUUUGGAAAAUAUUAGUCUGAUUGAGAUGUGAUAGCUCAUUAUUUUUACAUGAGUUCAUAGUAAUAUCUAUUUUGUUAUCAUGUACCAUAUUUAUAUGUAGAAUGUCAUGUAAUGGCUUGUGUUUGUAAAUUAUUUAUACACAUUAAUAGGUAUGUUAUGCUAGAAGCAAAAUAUUUAGUUGAUAAAUUAACAUAUUUAAAAAUAAACGACUUUUAAUUCAA